GGAAGACCCAAAAGAACAUGCAAAGAAAAGCGUCUGAUGAAAUUGUUGAAAUAGGCCAAGGUGACUAAAUAAUGGAUGAUGCAAGUGACAAAACGCUUUUAGAAACAGAUUGAAUGAAAGACUGUCUCAAAAGAAAACACCACACAAUAUGAAGACCUUGAAACAAUCGAUAGAAGAAAGAUCAACAAGUCAUAGAUAACGAGGAAUUCUAAAAAACACGCAUCAUAGACAUUGAUCAAUCGAGCGUAAAAGCGCUACUCUCAGGACCAUACUGCAGCUACCAUUAAUCAGCCAUCCGACUGACAUCGCAUAAGCAUUUUCAAAGUUAAUAACAACAAAUUUAGGAUCUUCUUUUUGUUCUUAAAUUGUCUUUUUAUAUUUUAACUACAUAUACCCCUUUAAAUGAUGUAUUAUCAACAAUAAUGACGAUACCAACAACGUUCAAGAGAUGACAGACGAACACCCCAUCAAUUCGAAAAACUGGUGGCAUGCGUAUGGAGAGCCAAAUACAGCAGUAAAGGAAAUGUCAGUGGAUGAGCUCGCAGGGCUCUACUCGAGCGGCACACCAGGUGUUGAUUUCGUAGUUAUUGACGUUCGAAGAGCAGAUUUGAGUGAAAUCAUACCAGGGGCUAUCAACCUUCCAUCACAAUCACUUCCAGCGACAUUACCGUCUCUGUUACAUUCCCUCAACAACGUCAAGAAGUUCAUAUUCCACUGCAACUCUUGCCAAGGGAGGGGUCCUAGAAGUGCAGGAUGGUUUGCUGAUGCGUUGAAUAAACAUCUAGACCACAUUGGAGCUCACAAUGACACUAAAGAUCGUGUGUAUUUCCUCAAAGGGGGCAUAAAUGCCUGGAAGGACAAGUUUGGCACUGGUGAACUCACUGGUCGCGGGAAAGCCUGGGAUGGGAAGUCACUCUCUACUAUACAAUUGUAAAUAUGAGAUUUAAGAUAUACACCUUCUUAUCAAAUAUCCACCACGAUGAAUUUGUCCUUCACGGUUGGAUUGCUAAUAGGACAAUCGAGUGUUAUAUUGUUGUUGAUAUUAAUAAUAAAGUACUUUAUAUUUAGUGAUGUCGAUGUCGCUAUCGAGAAGAAGAGAAAGAAGAAGCUGAAGAGAGGAGAAGGGUUGGAUGAGAAUGUAUACAAGUAUAAGACCAAGUAUGAGAGUGUAGAGUGGAUAAAUAGUCUCUUGAGCGGGUAUUAUGGAGUUUAUAGGGAAUACCUCGAUAGCAACGGGGUAGAGAUAAUAGAAAACUUGCUCAAUAGGAGAUCAAUACCAUUGCUAGACAGAAUAGAGGUCAAUAACUUUGAAAUUGGCUACAAAUACCCGCAACUGUCGAAUGCGAGGAUAACAGAGAAGGGCGAAUGUCUAAUUGAUUUCGAUUAUAACGAUCAAUUAUUAGUGGAGACGUCUAGUAAAUUCAUAAUAAACUAUCCAAGAGAAAGACUGGCAUCUAUACCAAUAGACAUAUCGAUUAAACUAAUACGCUUCAAUGGGUGUGUGUCUAUGUCUAUAGAGGGUGGAUAUAUGGUUGUAUCUCUACAUUCAAACUACAAUCUCAUACUAAAAUGCCAAUCACAGCUCGGUAGCAAAGCUAAACUGCAAGACAUACCAAAAUUGGAAGAGAUCAUAAUAAACAACAUAGAUAACCUUCUAACGACAAAGUUCAAGCAGUUUAAAAUUAAAUUAUUGUAGAUUUUUUUAUUUUGAAUUGAA